UCGGAUUUCCAUACAGGUGCGUCUGCUCCGGCUCUCGUUUGACUGUCAAAGCAGGCGCUGGUGCUUUUUUUUUUUUUCUCUCUCCGCCCCCGCAGGCAUCCAGCUUUACCGGGGAGGAGCGCAGAGGAGUGCCUUUACGCCGCGGAGAGCCGACACACACACACGCAUAUACUCACACAGCCUCCUCCCCCCACCGACUCCGUACUCCUCUACCGGUGAAACGCCACCGAUUCCCGGCCCUGAACGGUCCUCGCCGCCGCUGAAGCCCGGUCUGCACCCGGCAGCGCACGCACUCGAACAGCGGUCCUCUCCCCGGUAGGCCUGACGCAUCAUGGAGGAGUGGGACAUCCCACAGAUGAAGCGCGAAGUAGAAAGCCUUCAGUAUCAGCUGGCAAUCAACAGAGAGAAAUCUUCCAUCACUGUCACUGAGCUGGUGAAAUGGAUCGAGGGAUGUGUUUGUGAAGAUCCAUUUUUGAACCCGGAGCUCAUGAGAGCCAAUCCCUGGGUGGAGAAGGGCAAGUGUGUGAUCCUCUAGCGGUCACACACACACAUACACACUCACAUAUAUAUAUAAAUAUAUACGCACACGCACACACACACAAUCACGGAUGCAUACAAACUGAAGGAUGACGCACUGCACUAACUCACAUGCUCGCUCACACACACGAUCAGUGCUAUCACCGCUUUUCUCUGAAUGCUUUCUGUGGAGACUAGCGUAUGUGUGAGUGUGCAGCACCGAGUAGCUUUCUAGAGGUUUGUUUUGAUGAACAGCACCUUUUUAUUGGCUCUUUACACUGUCAAUCCAAAUAAAGACUGUUUUGAAUUUAA